AUGAACUCCACAAAAAGAUAUAUCAUGAACAUAGCGAACGUCCAGGUGGAGGUUUCGGAGGCGGUCAUGACGAUCAUCACGGAGGUGGUGGAGGAGGAUACGGAGGAGGCGGCGGCGGAGGAGGAGGAUUUGGAGGUGGAUUUGGAGGAGGCCACGAUGACCAUCACGGUGGUGGUGGCGGAGGAGGAGGAGGAGGUGGCGGAGGCCACGGAGGAGGUGGAGGUUUUGGAGGUGGCCAUGAUGAUCACCACGGAGGUGGUGGAGGAGGAUACGGAGGAGGCGGUGGCGGAGGAUUUGGAGGUGGAGGAUUCGGAGGUGGCCAUGGCGAUCACCACGGAGGUGGUGGCGGUGGAUAUGGAGGCGGCGGAGGCGGAGGAUUUGGAGGAGGUGGAGGAUUUGGAGGUGGCCAUGACGAUCAUCACGGAGGUAGUGGAGGUGGUUACGGAGGCGGCGGCGGCGGAGGAGGAUUUGGAGGAGGUGGAGGAUUUGGCGGCGGCCACGAUGACCACCACGGAGGCGGAGGAGGUGGAUAUGGCGGCGGCGGCGGCGGAGGAGGAGGUUUCGGCGGAGGUGGCGGCCACGGAGGUGGUGGCGGCGGUGGCGGCGGCGGAGGAUAUGGCGGUGGCGGAGGUCACGGAGGCGGUUGGGACCGAAAAUAAACCUCCUCAUAUCAUCAGCCUCGAAAUUGAUAUCAUUAAAAAUCCUCAGCCCAAACGAAACUUCAAAAGUCUAAUUAUUGUAAUAAAAUGUUGCCAGAUUACCUAUACCUUUUAGCUUGAACUCUUAGAAGAAUUAUGUAAACCGAAUUUUAUAAGUUUUUUGUUAUUGUUUCUUCAUUUAUUCUCCUAUUUCUCUUUUUUUCUUUGUUAUCCUAUUAAUUUUUAUUUUCAUCAUCAUUCACUCAUAGAUAAUAUUCAUUUAAUCUCUCUAUAUUCUCCUAUAUACUUCUUCUUCACUUGUGCACCUCCUAAGUUUCUAUUCCCAAGCUUACUUUUUUUGAAUUCUUGGUCAUCCCUUUUUUUUUUCACAUCUUUCUAUACUUCUCAUACCUAUGCCUAAAUCUGUACUUCCCAAUUACUUGUAAAGGUUAUUUCUAGAAAUAUUUUUAUUUAAUUUUCCUUUACCAUUGAUAAUUUUAGAAUUUAAUUUCACUGAUUCCUUCCAAGUUCCAUUUAACUCCUUCUGUACCUUCUUAACUAUAG